GGAACAGAACAACAUAGCGGCACGCAACACGCCAGCUGCAGCAAAGCGCCGUGCCGCGCCGCUUCCCCAAGACCCAAGUCACCUGCCAUCUCCUCUCUUCUCCAGCAGCAGCGACCUCGCCACGCGCCGGCGCCGCGCGCAGCAACGGCAUGGCGAUGUCUCGCGCCGCGGCGGCGGUCAGGCAGCGGAGGUGCGGGCCGCUCCUGCCCGCGGCGAGGUCCAUGGCGUCGUGGUUCGGCCACGUGGAGCCGGCCGCCAAGGAUCCCAUCCUCGGCGUCACCGAGGCCUUCCUCGCCGACCCCUCGCCGGACAAAGUGAACGUCGGCGUCGGUGCGUACCGGGACGACGACGGGAAGCCCGUGGUGCUCGAGUGCGUGCGCGAGGCGGAGCGGCGCGUCGCCGGGAGCACCAACAUGGAGUACCUUCCGAUGGGAGGAAGCGUGAAGAUGAUUGAGGAAUCGCUGAAGCUGGCAUACGGGGAGGAUUCUGAGUUCAUCAAGGACAAGAGGAUCGCGGCAGUGCAGGCUCUUUCAGGGACUGGUGCAUGUCGCCUCUUUGCAGAUUUCCAGAAACGCUUCUUGCCGGAUUCACAGAUCUACAUACCUACGCCUACAUGGUCAAACCAUCACAACAUUUGGAGGGAUGCCCAGGUACCACAAAGAACAUUUGCCUACUACCAUCCAGAGUCAAGAGGACUGGACUUUGCAGGCCUAAUGGAUGAUAUCAAAAAUGCUCCAGAGGGUUCCUUCUUUUUGCUUCAUGCGUGUGCUCACAAUCCCACUGGGGUUGAUCCUUCUGAGGAACAAUGGAGAGAGAUAUCUCACCAGUUUAAGGUGAAGAACCAUUUCCCAUUUUUUGACAUGGCGUACCAAGGGUUUGCCAGUGGUGACCCAGAGAGAGAUGCCAAGGCUAUUAGGAUCUUUCUUGAAGAUGGACAUCAAAUUGGAUGUGCACAGUCGUAUGCAAAGAACAUGGGACUUUAUGGCCAAAGAGCAGGAUGCCUUAGUAUUCUCUGUGACGAUGAAAUACAAGCAGUUGCUGUGAAGAGCCAAUUACAACAGAUUGCCAGACCUAUGUACAGCAACCCACCCCUUCAUGGCGCACUAAUUGUUUCCACUAUCCUUGGUGAUCCAGCACUGAAAAGCUUAUGGCUGAAGGAGGUCAAGGGUAUGGCUGAUCGCAUUAUUGGAAUGCGAAAAGCACUUAAGGAGAGUCUUGAAAAGUUGGGUUCACCAUUAUCAUGGGAACAUAUUACUAAUCAGAUUGGCAUGUUUUGCUACAGCGGGAUGACACCUGAACAAGUUGAUCGCUUGACAAAUGAAUUCCACAUAUACAUGACUCGUAAUGGCAGGAUAAGCAUGGCUGGUGUAACAACAGGAAAUGUCGCCUAUUUGGCUAACGCUAUUCAUGAGGUCACUAAGACAAAUUAAGACCCCUUCCUCCUGCCAUUUUGAGAAAUAAGAGGAGCCUUUCAACUUCAAUUUGCAUUUUGCUUUUAAUUUCCUUUAACCUUUUAUGUUCGAACACUGUUGUUUUUAUUAAAUAAUGUCCCACAUAGUUGUGACCUAUGGGUGUGCAAAUAUUGAUUUGUUUCAUCGGAGACACAGAAAGGAGGAUGCCCUAA